GCGCAGUAAUUGCAUAUCGUAGAGCUUCGUCAAUCUCCAAAAAUAUUAGGUAACUUCCGCCUCUACUGCUACUACACCUCUUAGUCCCGACCCACUAGAUGGCCCCAUCCUCGUCUCCUUUUAUCGCAAAUAUUGUAUCGCAAAUUGCCGUCCCCGGACAUGGGAUAGCGAAUAACUGUCUCCGAAUAACCCCCCUCCCUCCACCUCACAGCGUCGAUGCGAGCGCUGGCGAGGAUAACGACGUCUCGCGGCGGGCUCGCGCGGGUCCUUGCCGUCUCCUACCUAUCCUUGGCGGCAGCCGCCGUCGCCCCGAGCACCCCUUGGCGGUAUACCGCGCCGCCGGGGUGCGCGCGCGCUGCCUCUUCAGCGUCGAGCUCGCAGUGGAAGCAGCGGCAGGCCCGGGACUGGUACGGCCGUGCCGCCAAGGUCGCCUCACUCAAGAGCCGCGCCGCCUUCAAACUGAUCGAGAUGGAUUCCAAGUACAAGUUGUUCAAGAGCGGACAGACCGUGAUCGACCUCGGCUACGCCCCCGGUAGCUGGUCGCAGGUCGCUGUAGAGCUCGUCAAACCCCACGGCCGUGUCGUCGGCGUCGACAUGAUCCCGGCCCAACCACCGAAGGGUGUCUCGACCCUCCAGGGGGAUUUCCGCAAGGAGGGUGUCCAGAAGCUCCUGAAAGACUACCUCGUGGAAUUUCCGUCGGCACCGGAUCUGGGUGUGCCCGGCGGAGAAGGAGGGAGCAUCAUCUCCGACCGGCCGAGCUACAUCGACACCGAACGUGCCGACUCGGCCGACCACGGGGACGGCGCGGCGAAUGAUGGAAGACUUGUUGAUGUAAUUCUAAGCGACAUGUGGGCACCCUGGGCACGAGCUACCGGUUAUCCCAGCAGGACAUUGGAUAACGCGUAUUAUAGGCUGAUGAACGUGAGCGGCAACAACGGUCGCGACCACGCAGGAAGCAUGCUCCUAUGCAACGCCGCUCUCAAAUUCGCAAACGACACCCUCCGUGCCGGCGGCCACUUCGUCUGCAAGUUCUACCAGGGCAACGAGGAGAAGGUUCUGGAGGGGAAACUGAAGAAGCUCUUCACAAGGGUUCACCGCGAGAAGCCAUAUUCGUCGAGACCGGACUCGAAGGAGAUGUACUUCGUGGCGCAGAGCAGGAAGGGCGCGGUCAUACUUGAAAACAUCGAUGACACGUAGUCUAUCGCGCACACAGACGAGGGGAGACCCGUUGUAUUACCACCAUUACACUGCGCGUGUACUGUACUAUAGGCGGACCAGAAUCGGAAGCCCUGUAUAUUCUACGGUACGCUUGCAAAGCGCAGUCUCACCAGCCGCCUCGGCCACCUUAUUAGUACCCCUCGCCCUACCCGUCUUUGCGCCCAG